AUGACCGCUAUCUUCAACGCGAACCGUUACGGCGAGCCCGUACAGCGUCACUGGACUAAGAACAUGACCGUGGAGGGCGUCGGCAUCAAGGAUAUUUUGUCUUGUUUGAGCACUAACGCCGGCGGAGCCCUCACUUUCGGUAUUUUCAAUCGCGGAGUAGGCCUGUACAGCAACGAAGGGAAGGGUCUCCCCAUCACCUUCUUCCCGGUUUCUGGCAAUCAUGUCGACAAGAGCGAUGGAGGGGGUGUCACUAAUGUUGAAUGCUCUCCAUGUUCUACCUACACGCAACCCGGCCACGAACAAUUAAGCCUAAGACCCAAGGCCGUCCCUCACAGAGAUACAAGACAGCUGCUCGAGUUCAACGCUAACCCUCCCAACUCUAUCCUGCAUCGUCAACUCACUCGGUACUCCCUCUUCCCUUACCAAAAAGACCACAACAGCCUGUCCGCCGCCGCCAGCCCGCGCGUAGGCUCUGCCCUGGUAGCCUGUUCCCCAACCCGCAAGGUCAGAGUGCUGUAG